AUGACCAACCCAACGCGAAAGAUUGUCUGUUUCUCAGACUUUGACGGCACGAUUUUCAUGCAAGACACGGGCCAUGUCCUCUUCGAUAACCUGGGGUGUGGCGAGAAGCGCCGUCAGGUACUCGACGAGCAGAUCAAGUCCGGUGAGCGAUCAUUCCGGGAAGUCUCCGAGGAGAUGUGGGGGUCGUUGCGGGUUCCGUUUGAGGAUGGGUUUGAAGUGAUGAAAAAGGAGCUGGAGAUUGACCAGGGCUUUAAGGAGUUUCACCAAUUCUGCAUUGACAACGGGAUUAUUUUCAAUGUCAUUAGUGCUGGAUUGAAGCCCAUCUUGCGGAAAGUGCUGGAUACUUUCUUAGGCGAGGAUGAAUCAUCACGAAUCGACAUUGUCGCAAAUGACGCACAGAUCAACCCCGAUGGCUCGGCAUGGAAGCCGAUCUGGCGACACCAAACCGAACUCGGCCACGACAAGGCCCUUUCCGUGAAAGAGGGUCGUGCGCAGGCCGAAGAAUUGAGCGAUGAGAACGAGAUCCCCCUCAUUAUUUUCAUCGGCGACGGAGUCUCCGACCUGGCGGCCGCCCGGGAAGCUGAUGUGCUAUUUGCCCGGAAGGGACUCCGGUUGGAGGAGUAUUGCAUUGAGCACCAGAUUCCCUACAUCGGCUUCGAUAGCUUCACCGACGUGAAAAAAGAGGUAGAGAAGAUUAUGAAGGAGGAUCAGGAGAAGACUGGCGGUGUGGGUAAACCGGCUCGGUUUAACCCCCGCGCGAACAUGUGGAGACGGAUCUCCAGCAAGCAAGCAGUACCCAAGUUUGUCGCCGCGACCCCGUCGAAAGAAGAAAAGAUGUUCCUUUGGCCGGAGAAUUUCUCUCAGUAUCAACCGAAGCCUGUUCCGGAACAUGUGGCUUCUUAG